AGCUGAAGAUGGCAGUGAAUGUAUACUCGACGUCAGUCACCGGCGAUAACCUGAGUCGACAUGACAUGUUGGCUUGGAUCAAUGAGUCCCUGCAGUUGAAUCUGACAAAGAUGGAACAGUUGUGCUCAGGGGCUGCUUAUUGUCAAUUUAUGGACAUGCUGUUUCCGGGCUCCAUUGCCUUGAAGAAAGUGAAAUUCCAAGCUAAGCUAGAACACGAAUACAUUCAGAACUUCAAAAUACUGCAGGCAGGUUUUAAAAGGAUGGGUGUUGACAAAAUCAUUCCCGUGGACAAAUUAGUAAAAGGGAAGUUUCAGGACAAUUUUGAAUUUGUUCAGUGGUUCAAGAAGUUUUUUGAUGCAAACUACGAUGGCAAAGACUAUGACCCUGUAGCUGCCAGACAAGGUCAGGAGACGGCGGUGGCCCCUUCGCUUGUGGCUCCGGCUCUGAAUAAACCGAAGAAACCUCUGAGCACUAGCAGUGCAGCCCCACAGAGGCCCAUUGCAACACAGAGAACUGCUGCUCCUCCUAAGACUGGCCCGGGCGUGGCGAGGAAGAGCCCAGGUGUGGGCAACGGGGAUGACGAGGCAGCCGAAUUGAUGCAGCAGGUCAACGUGCUGAAGCUCACCGUUGAAGAUCUGGAGAAGGAGAGAGAUUUCUACUUUGGGAAGCUGAGGAACAUUGAGUUGAUCUGCCAGGAGAACGAGGGGGAAAACGACCCCGUGCUGCAGAGGAUUGUGGACAUUCUCUACGCCACAGAUGAAGGCUUUGUGAUACCAGAUGAAGGGGGCCCGCAGGAGCAAGAAGAGUAUUAGCAGCCUGGACCAGCAGAGCACCAUCCGAAUUCUUCACCCAAAUCAUGUGCUUCACUGUAAAAUACUCCCUUUUAUGAUCCUUAGAGGACUCCCUGGUUUCUUUUCCUAAGCAGAAAGCACCUCCUCUUCAAGUGCACUUUGCAGAAGCCUCACUCUUCUUUCCAUGCGUUUGAGUUAGGAGCUUUCUACCUUGUAGCAGAGCAGUAUUAACAUCUAGGUGGCUCACCCAGAGAGCAGAGGUUCACCCCAGGGCUCACUGUGCGCUUGCUGGAGACGGUGU